UCGUCAUAUUGGCCAACCAAGAGCCACGAAGAAGCUUCCUCGGACAGACUCAUAAGAUUGUUCCCUGUUUGGUAGUAAUCCUACACUGUAACUUGUUUUUCACAUGUGGAACAUUUGUAAUUAUUUUCCGGGAAGUACUCUCAAACCAAUGUGAUAAAACUGAGGACGGCUAAGUGGCUGAGUGGCUGAGUGGCAGUGGAAAUGGUAAUAGAGCCAUUAUGGGAUAUUUACACUUUCAAGACCUGACUGGGACAUGAAUUGGAAUUGGAGUGUUCUUAGAGAUUUAGAAAAAUACGAUGAAGUCUUCUUUAGCUUUAGCAGGCUGGAGCAACCCGUCGGGUGUCACAUUACAUACUAUGUUACAGGAAAUGAUUUAAAUCUUGACACCCGGGGCAGCAUGGGGGACUUCUACUUCUGCUCUGGGAUUUUUUUUACCACUUGAGAUUACUGGAGUUGUUGUACAUUCAGUACAGUUGUACAAUAAUAAUAAUAUGAUGCAAACAAACCAGGAGAAAUCCCCUUCCUUUCUCUCAUCAGUUUCGUUUCUGUGCAGCACUAUAAAAAAGAGUGCUCAGAGGUUAAACUGAAAGUAUUCUCAGCACAACAGUAGAAGAAGAUGUUGCUGAUCCUGAUACUAACUGGUUUGCUGUUUAAAGCGUCCUCGUCGCAGAUCACGGGUUCUGGAAAUACAACAGCUGAUUACGGCCGGGAUGCGCACUAUGCGUGCGCAGUAGCCAACCCGACAGGUGUGCUCCAGGUCACAUGGCAAAGACUUUUUAAUGAUCAGUCCAUCGUGAAUUUGGCGACCUACAAUGAGCAGUUUGGACAACAAGUAAAUAAUCCUUACAGGGGGAAAGUCAUCUUCACAGAGGCGACUCUCGGCUCCACAUCCAUCACUCUCGCUAACGUCACAUGGGGGGAUGAAAGCUGUUAUAUUUGCUCUUUCAACGUGUAUCCUGAGGGGACCCAGAGAAAGCAGACUUGCCUCAAGGUCCAAGGGAUAUCCAAGUUUAAAACGGAAGUGCAUGUCACCAGCACUGAGGAUGAGGAAGAAGACUAUGUGAAGGCUGUGUUCAGCUGCUCUGCUACAGGAAAACCAGCUCCAACCAUUCAGUGGGACGUCUCACCUGGCACCAUCCACACACACCAACUGCAGACUACUAUAGCAAGAAAUGGAGACCGCACAUUUACCAGCAGCAGCAACAUCACUCUGAAAAUACAUCCAGAGUGGGAGGGACAUGUGGACUGUCUGCUGAACACUGGAGUGAUAGGACAAAGACGGGAGAGGAUGAUUUAUUUACCUGUCUUGAAGGAAGAAGAAGAGACAGGGAAAGGACUGUCUUCUUCCGGGAUUGUGCUUGUGAUCACUGCUGUAAUGUUAAUUUCUUUCAUCGUUAUUGUUGCUGUGAUGAGGCGAGCAAGCAGGUUAAAUGGGUCCAGAAGAAAUGAAAAUGACACAAAAAUCUGCAUUUCUUUUUUGCAUCUAAACUUUUGAGGUAUUAGUUUUUAAGCUAAAAGCUGCGAUCCAAGAUCUACAGACCUUUUAUUUUGAAUGUCAUUAUUCAGCACUUUCACUGUUUAUGGAGCUACAAGCAAAGCACAUUAGUGUUACAUACGUGGUUUACAAAGAGUCUACAUUUCAGAUGAAUUAAUUACAUGUAGAAGCUUUUAAGCUGUUAACUGCACUCUUAUUCAGAGUUAUAGUGACUGCAACAUAAAGUGUGCUUCAGGGUAAUCUAACAUGCAGAUUGCAAGCAUGACAAACUGUUUUGGUGAAAACAAGGAAAUGUCAUGUGAGCUUAUAGCGCCAUCUAGUGAGCUUUGUGGGGAAAACAGAAAGUAGGAAGAAGAUCACGAGCUCUCACCAAGGAAUAUAAUAGAUUUCAAUGUGUUAAUUGUUUGCAGAAAAUUAGAACUAUUAUUUAAAUAAGUGACAUUUUGACAUUUUAAGCAACCAGGUGAUUAUUUUAUUCCAAAAUAUGCAUAUUUAUAUCUUUAUGUAUCUAUAAUGAUAAAUAAUAUAUUACAUAACAUAUAAGUGAGUUUGUACUUUGCACUUUUCUUGCAGUUUUGCACUUUAAUGUUUGUGUCCUCAUUUUAUUUAUUGCCCGAUUAACUGUAUGUUUGUAACCGUGGUAAAGAGCCUACUGUAUGUGUAGUAGUAUUGUUGUAUAUUAAUGUGAUAACUCAUCCCUGUCAAAUGCUGGAUUAUUCAACUGUGGUGUGAUUUAUGGGAGGAGUUUCGAAGGAUACUCCUUUAGUCGAUGUGUUUAAUUAUUUAUUGUCUGACUCAUUCCUUAUAUUCAUUUUAUUUUUUGAUUAUUUAAUAAAACAAGGAAUGUUUUAAGUGACUUUA